CACAGCAUAUCGAAGCUCCCCAAAGCUCAACACAGCCUUCUCACGAAUUAGCCAUUCUCCAGCAUAGACGUUACCUUACGCAUACAACCACAUCGCGCUCCCACACAAACCCACCAUUGCGUAUUCUCGAACAUCUCGAAGCUCCCACACCGGCGCGCCCUCCACUCAAACAACCAAUUGAGGAAUAUCUGGAAAGAGCCUGCUUCAACAUAAACCUCGUCCGCCAUGGCACAACCAACACAACCCCCAACCGAUACACCAACAUCCUACACCGACCCCACCUUCUCCCUCCUAAACAGCACAUGUCUGGACCUCCUCCUGAUCGAGCUGGUACCCAUGGCCUACCGUAUAACCGCUGACCUCGCGCUACGAGAAGAAGAGUGGACAGGCACAUCAACAGCAAAAGCAAACAGAUUGUCAUCACACAGCAACGACGCAAGCAGCACAGCAGCAGGCGCAGCAGCAGGGACAAUAGGCGCAGGCGGAACAGCAACAGUCGACGAAGAAGAAUCGCGAGAAGCAGUAUUCCACCGCCUCGAAAGUCUGGGCUAUCGCGUCGGCCUAGGAGUUGUAGAACGAUUCUCGCGCGACACACCACGCCCCGUAACGCCGCUCGACUGCAUAAAAUUCCUCUGCAAAGAUCUCUGGACACUUUUAUUCCGCAAACAAAUCGACAACCUAAAGACCAACCACCGAGGCAUCUACGUGCUGACCGACAACACCUUCAAGCCCCUCACACGGAUGAGUUUCGACACGAAAAAGUACACGCCCGAAGUGCAGGCGCGCAUCAACGAGGCCGCGGAGCGAAUGUUGAGGGAGGGCGACGCGGAUGGGAAUGGGUUGAAUGAGAUGGGGCUGGCCAGGGAGGCGAAUAGUAUAGAACGGGUGCAGCCGUUUCUGUACUUCCCGGCGGGAGUGGUAAGGGGGUGUUUGGAGGGGUUGGGGAUUAGGGCGAGUGUGCAGGCUGAGUGUAGUGCGUUGCCGAGUGCGACGUUCCAGAUCAGGACGGCGGGGGCGAAGAACUGAAUAGUAGAUGAUGAAAGGAGAUUGUAGCAUGAGUGUCAUUUAGCGGCAUUGAGCGGCGUUCGGGAGCAUAGUGAGUGCAUCUUGGGAUGUAUCACGAGCAAGGUGUCAUGUUGUCUUCAGUGGAUUCCGUUGGACUAUCUAGAUGGGAGGCUGCAGUAGCUCUUCAUGCAGAUAAGUAGGCAUGUUCAUGUAAAUUCUCCGUUGUGGUAUUCGUCUCUCAUCAUCCAUCGAGGGUAUCAUAGCCUAUCUAUUGAGGUCUGUUAGUACUGUAUAACCAUAUACAGAGUAGGCAUAACUCACUUGGCAGGAGGAUUCUGGGCGAACUCGACGCCCUUGGAGAUGUUGCCCUUGAGGCCUUCGUAGCAGGCCUGCAGCAGCUUCUUCUCGUGGUCGUUGGCGCUGCUGACGACGUCGAU